AGGAGAGUCUGAUGGAGGAGCAGAGGAACGUUGGCAGCCAUUUAGUCUGAGCUCAACAACGGAGGAAACAUGGAUUCUUCACAAAAAAAAUGUAAACGCAGCAAUGGAGUGAGAUGUCGGACCUCUGAGGAGGAUAAGGAUGGUUUGGCAACAACAGCAAAAAGAGAUGAAUCACUCAGUUGUGAGCAGUGUGGCAAGACUUUUAUCACAGCAACAAAGCUAAGAAUUCACAAACGUAUUCACACUGUGGAAAAACCAUUCAGCUGUGAUCAGUGUGGAAAGGCUUUUACUAAGAAGAGUGACUUAAAAAGACAUCAACUAAUGCACAGUGGAGUGAAACCAUUCAACUGUGAUCAGUGUGGAAAGGCUUUUACUCACAAGAGUAAUAUAGCAAAUCAUCAACUCAUUCACAGUGGAGUUAAACAAUUCAGCUGUGAUCAGUGUGGUAAGGCUUUUACUCACAAGAGUAAUCUAACAAGACAUCAACUCAUUCACAGUGGAGUUAAACCAUUCAGCUGUGAUCAGUGUGGAAAGGCUUUUACUGACAGGAGUACGUUAAGAAGUCAUCAACUCAUGCACAGUGGAGUUAAACCAUUCAGCUGUGAUCAGUGUGGAAAGGCUUUUACUCACAAGAGUUAUUUGAAAAAACAUCAACUCCUUCACAGUGGAGUUAAACCAUUCAACUGUGAUCAGUGUGGAAAGGCUUUUACUCACAAGAGUAAUCUAGCAAAUCAUCAACUCAUUCACAGUGGAGUUAAACCAUUCAGCUGUGAUCAGUGUGGAAAGGCUUUUACUCAGAAGAGUACUCUAAGAAGUCAUCAACUCAUUCACAGUCAAGUGAAAUUGUUUGACUGUGACCAGUGUGUGAAAACCUUUACUCAACAUGAACAGUUGUUGAUCCAUCAAUGCCCCCAUUCUGGUAGAAAGCAGUACCACUGUGACUCCUGUGAAAAAACUUUCAAGCACCAGCAGAGCUUAAAAUGUCACCAACGCAUCCACACUGGACAUGAUGUGUACGCAUGUGAUUACUGUGGCGAACCAUUUGUAUUGUACUCACAGUUAAAAGCUCAUGAAGUGACCCACACUGGGGUUAAACCAUACCUUUGUGACCAGUGCGGGAAACGCUACAGCUACAUUGCAUACCUCAAAGUUCACCAACGUGUCCACACUGGGGAGAGACCAUACAAAUGUGACGAGUGUAAGAAGACUUUUACAAGUUGGUAUUCCCUGAAACAACACCAGCAGAUCCACACCAGAAAGAAAGCAUUCAAUCAGUGUCACAGUGAGCAGAACGGAACAGAUGGACAAAACCCUCAUACUUGUCAGCACUCUGCCAAUGGUGAACAGGGCUGCUUUGACCAGUCUGGACCAACGUCCAACCAACAGGGAACCCUACAACGACACCAGCGUAUGCACACUGGACACAGACUGAACCCCUGCCAAGGAGAUUUCUCCAUGCAGGGUUCAGUAAAAGUUCAUGAAGUCCCCCACAAACUUAAAGUCCUGAGAUCCGGCUUCACAGAAUUCAGGUCUAAUUUCUUGUUUAGUGUCUUUGUUGCUUCAUUGCGAAAUCCAUUAAGAAGAAAGCUGUUGUUAACAGCUGUGCCUGGGAAAUUAAUGAAACCAUUCAAAGUGGUUACUCAGUUAAGUUAUCCAGUGGUAGAGGGUUGGACGGCUUAAUAAAUUUGCAAAAAUUUGUACAUUUAUGUUUUUUUCUGGUCAAGAUAGGGUGCUGAGUGUACAUUAAUGAGAAAUAAAAUGAACUUUUUGAUUUUGGCAAAUGGCUGCAGUGACGCACAGAGUGAAAAAUUCAAGGGGUCUGAAUACUUUCCGUACCCACAUGUAUGUGUCUGAAGAUGGUGGCAUUUUAUAAUGGCACAUUUUCAUGCUUUGACAGAUACAGGCCCUGUUUACACGAGGGUGCUUGCAGGUAAAAAUGUCAAAAUAUUUCAACAAAGCACCCUAUUGUUAAUACGAGGACGGAGUUUUGGGGGCUUAAAAAUGCAAAAAUUUGAAACCGGCCUCCAGAGUGGAAAAGUUGAAAAACUCUCCGCCGUUACGUUUCCGUCUAAACAGCAAAACGCAAAACUUUGCCGGAAAAAAAAACUUUGCCAAGAUCUGACCACGUACAUGCGGCGGUGCUUUGGUUUGCCGGCCGGUACAAGGACGUAAACAAAGAUGUCUGAUGAUUUUUGUGGCUUUGUAGUCCAAAGUGGUUCGAAGCAGUAGUUCGACCUCUUCGUCUGUCCAAACAAAGUUCUUCUUACUCGUCGCCAUCUGACAUUUACCACGGCGGAGAUCCGAAAGGGAGAUAGUAUGCAUGCGUGUAGACAUGGCGGAGUUUUAUCACAGCGCCACCUAGCUGCUUGGCAUGCAUAUCCAAUCGAAUUCCACACACUAUAGCGUCACCGUAUAUAUGCACAUUUCCUUCAAAACCGCUCGUCUAAACAUGAAAUAAAAAGUGAAGACAAGACGCCACUUUUGUGUUUUCUGUUAAGAUGGUCCUCGUAUAAACGUAGCCACAGUGAGGGGAAAAAGUUUUCAGACACCCUGAAAAGUUUACACAAUCUUAAAUGUUAUCAUGAAAUAUUUGUUGAGAAGUCUUUUUUUGUGUGUUUCUAAGGGUGUGGCUGCAUCAGACAGACACAAAUACAAAUGAUAUUUUUUGUUUACAAGAAAAACUAACAAAACUAAAUUCUGCCAAAUUUCUCAUUUUAUGGAACCAGUCAAUUUUCAGUUUUUAAUGUCUUUUUCAGAAUGUGUUUAGUUUUAUGAUUGUACUAAAAUAAAUUACUCUUGAAGACCUCAGUGAUUCUUAAUGCAGUAUUUCACAAAUGUAUGGAAUGUCCAAAAACUUUUUUCCACUGCUAUAUUUAACAGCAAUCUGAUCUGCUGAUGUUAGCAAGACAAACAAGUGAAAGUUUCAGGCUUUUAUCUAGAAUUGUUCUUGAUAUAUUCAUCUUCAAACAGCCUCAAAUUUCAAUGUGAGAAAAUAAAAACGAGUGAAACUGGUUCUACAGUCCACUGAAAAACCUCUAAGAAAGUAUCUGACAUACUGAGCUAAUAUUUCAUAGAUACCAUUAGAAAUAUCCAAAGUUUAUGAUUUAAAAAAGUUUUUUGGGAGAUGGUCAAUGAUUUGAAACGGAGUUCCACUGUUGAAAAACCUCAGUCUCUGAUUCCAGCAUCAGUGCUCCAUUGUUGCAGUUGUGACGUUGUCUUUCAGAUGGUCCUAACACAGGCCACAACUGCUCUGAAAACAACACUCAUGUUCUUGUUUGGAACAGUUUCUCAGUAGAAAUUACGCAGCAAUGUCCAAGUUCUCAGCGGCUCCAGUGAGGACGACUCUUAAUGUGAGGAAAAGCAUCCUUUGACUUCUUCCUGGAGGUUUUUCUUGUCAGAAAUUGUCUUCCAGUGAGGGACUUCUGACUCUCUGUUCACUUUUCGUGCCCUCUAAUAUUGUUAAAACACAAGAAUCAAUGUUUUGGUUCAAAUCACAUUGUAUUUGCAUGUAGCUCUGUGUUUUCUGCUCCAGGAAUUGGGUGAUGUGUGUGACCCAGCACCCACAGCUGGUUGGGUGUCAUGUGGCUCUGCGUUCUGAUUGGAUGAUUGUCCAACCACUGCCACAAGUAUGAAGGUCAUCCUGCAGGCGUGGCAGGAACAUGUAGUGGAAACACAAUAGGUGUGUUCAUCUGGCCAUGCUGAGGAAUCCCUCUGCUUCAAGCUAGUGGAGAACGUCAUAGUAGGUGCUGGUUACUGCCCCCUACAGGUCUCUACACAGUCCUUAAUCCUGGAGAAUUAGAAAAUGACUAAAAAUAUAUUUUAACCCUUUAACCUGCGGUCAAUUUUCCCCUGAAAUUUCUACUGAAGAUGUACAGAAAGUAAAUUGAAUGCUGUUCUUGAACUGUUUGGAGUACAGGCAUGGCUGGGGUCUCCUUUGAAAGCUGACAACCUGCAUUGUCACCCAGUGCAGUCAGAAUUACUCUAGGUGCUACUGGCACAGAGUUAUUUAUGUUGGAACACACUGAAUUAGGAGGAAUUUUAUUCACGCCUAAAUUUUUUCCCUAAUAAAACACCUGAAAAUUA